AUGGUUCUGUUCUUGCUGCUUCUUAAUGGGUUUUUUUCUUAUGGAUUUAGGGUUUAUGGUGUGGCUAAUGAUUCACCACAGUUACAGGAUUUAGUGAAAUCAGGGGAAUUUCGAUCGGCCAUGGCUACAAAAGUUUGCUCAAUCAAGGACUCAUGGUUCAGUUUUCUCAAUUUUUACAAGAUAUAUACCAACAACAUAUCAAGAGCAAUUCGGUCGGUCCUCCCUCGACCACAUCGUCGGCCCCUAUGGUUUUCCCUGGUUACGAACGACAUCCGACGACUGGAGUUAGAAGAAGAUAAGGCGGCGAAGGAGAAGACGCGAAGAGGGUGGCGGCUUCCACCGGAAAUAGCACCAACGACGCAUCGGGGCGAGUUCCUUCCGAUCUCCCGCUGCCAUGACGUCCAAAGGUGGUAUUCGUCAUCAACAGGUUGGCACAGCGGCGGCUCGGCGGUCGGAAACGCGAGGAGAACGGAGUGGUGGCAGCGGCGCAAUCGAGCGGGGCCUGAUCACAACGUCUUUGUCCACAACAGAGGUCCGUCGGCGACCUCGGUUGAUCGGAGCAGCAUGAAGAAGAGGGGAUAUGGCAGCUAG